AACGUCACAAUAGAAUUCAAUUCAGGUUAGAAUUCUCCACCUGAACAUUCAAAGUUCAAACCUUUCGUCAUGAAUGAUUUGGACAAAAAGGAAAAGUCAGAGAUGACGAUGAUGAUGUAGUGGUCAACGACCAUCAAUUCCUCAUUACACCCGUGUAACCGUCUCUCUUUGUCCGUUAUUCACAUCCCUCCACCAUUUUCGGAAACCCUAACUUCCAUCUCCCAGCCGCCAAAAUCCCCAAUUCCCAAUCCAAAAACCCCAAAAUGGCCACGGAGGCAACAACCGCAUCCAAAUUCCAAGAACCAGACCUCCGACCAAUCUCCCAAACACCCGAACUCAAACCCGAAACCGCACACGACGGUCUCCGGUUCUGGCAAUUCAUGAUCGCCGGUUCAAUCGCCGGCUCCGUCGAACACAUGGCGAUGUUCCCCGUCGACACAAUCAAAACCCACAUGCAAGCCCUCCGUCCCUGCCCCUUGAAGCCCGUCGGAAUCCGCCAAGCCUUCCGCUCCAUCAUCCAGAAGGAAGGACCUUCCGCGCUCUACCGCGGGAUCUGGGCCAUGGGCCUCGGCGCCGGCCCGGCCCACGCCGUUUACUUCUCCUUCUACGAAGUCUCCAAGAAGUUCCUAUCUUCCGGUUCAGAUUCCAGCAACUCCGUGGCGCAUGCUGUGUCCGGUGUGUUCGCGACGGUUUCGAGCGAUGCGGUGUUUACUCCGAUGGAUAUGGUGAAGCAGAGGUUGCAGAUGGGUGAAGGGACUUAUAAAGGGGUGUGGGAUUGUGUGAAGAGGGUUAUGCGUGAGGAAGGGUUUGGUGCGUUUUAUGCUUCUUAUAGGACGACGGUUUUGAUGAAUGCGCCUUUUACUGCUGUUCAUUUCGCGACGUAUGAGGCGGCUAAGAAGGCGUUGGUGGAGGUUUCGCCGGAGAGGGUUGUUGGUGAUGAGGAAGGUUGGUUGGUUCAUGCUACUGCUGGAGCAGCUGCUGGUGGAUUGGCGGCGGCUGUGACGACGCCGUUGGAUGUUGUUAAGACGCAGUUGCAAUGUCAGGGUGUGUGUGGAUGCGACCGUUUCACUAGCGGCUCGAUCAGCGAUGUACUUAAAACGAUAGUGAAGAAAGAUGGAUACAGAGGACUACUAAGGGGAUGGCUUCCGAGGAUGCUAUUUCAUGCUCCUGCAGCAGCAAUCUGUUGGUCUACUUAUGAAGGGGUCAAGUCUUUCUUUCAAGACUUUAAUGGUGAUCCAAACACUGUCUGAAAGCAGAGACUGACACCUUUGUUUGUUUUUCUUUGUAAAAUUAUUGUCAGGGUUUCUUUAAUGUCAUUUAGAUCAUAUUUUUUUUCCAAGCUUUGUGUUAGAUGUUGUCGUUGAGAAAAUUUGAGUUGUACAAAACUAUGUUAUUUUUCUAAAGUUUUCAAUAAUAAUUUAAAGAGACUUGCAUA